AUGCUGCCCACCGCUAACUUGCAUCUCAGAGGGUUGUACGAUACAACAGUCGAGUUUUUUGCACUCCGUAGCCCCACUCUUUCCUCACGAGCUGUGUCCUCAUCAUCCUCUCACGCUGGUAGUGACCCUCAGUCUAGGACCCUGACCCCCGUGCCCGACCCUAUUGCGAAAUUAACACAAGAGUGCGCAUCGUUACGUGAAAGAUUAGACGCCGCUGACCGUCGGCAAGGUACAUGCACCUGUUUCUCGUCGCCUGGAUCAAAUAUGUCAACUGUGCGUCGGGAAUUAGAAGAUACGCGGAAAGAGCUUGUACGGGCGAGGUUGGAGGUGUCGAGGCUGGAGACGCGUUGCAUGAUGCUUGAGAAGUCGCUAAAGGAGACGAGAGAUCUACUCCGGGCAAGUAGCCCUGACAAGAUCCCGCAGGGACCACAGACAGAGAAUAGCCGGAACGAUGAGGGCGUUGAGGAGGAGCUGGACGACGUUGAUGAGAAGGUCGAGGAGGAGGCUACAUCUCUCUCAUCAGAGGAACAAAGGGCGCAACUGAAGAGCGAAGAGGUGUAUAUGACGAGGACGGACAGUUGGUCGGGUGCUCAGCUGCUUCAAGCCGUUCAGGAUCUCAAUUCUGAGAUUCUCCAAUUUGCAGCGGCUGCGACAGAGCUGUGUACUUUCGACAAGAAGACAUACCCGUCAUCAUCGAAAGCCACGAAUCAGGCUACACAGGAUACCGCAACUCGACUGGGUGCUGAUCUGGCGCGGAUACUGUCGACGAGAGACCAUUCGCAGGAUCCUAUGCUAGUCCAGCUCGCCUUGCAGGGGUGUCUCUCUACUUGUGUAGCACGGGCGCUGCUGCCAUUCUGUAUGGGGUUCCCGUCGAAACCAGACAGCAUAUUAUCUCAGAUAUACGCGCAUAUGUAUAUGGCCGAACCUCAGCCAACGUCGUCCAGAUGGAGAGCCUUGACACACCGACAUAUCCACACGAUGUAUCCCUAUCUUGACGACUACUCCAUUAACGAACUUUCCGAGACUAUGUUUCGUUGGUCGUCCGACAUUCUUUUUAUUGCAGGCUGUCCGACCACAGACAGACUGUCUUUGUCGACGCGAGAGGGGCUUCGAACGCGGUUUGGAGAUCAGAUAAAGCGCAUAGCAAAGACAGUUUCAAAUUUGGCCCAGGUGACGAGAGAGGAGAUAAUGUCGACGCGAUUCGAUAUCAUUGCUAUUGAGAACGAGUCGAAUUUUGAUCCUAGGAGAAUGGUAGACGCUUUCGGCGACUAUGGGACGUCCAGAGGCGACAUUCUGAUAACGACAGAGGUGGGUUUACGCUGUACGACGAGAAAGGAUUUGGUUGAUUUGAAUACGGAGAGGCCCGGGGGAGAGGUUGAGCAGCGGCUGUUACUGCCGCCAAAGGUGGUCCUGGAUUCCGUGUUAGACUUCAUGGAGCCUAAGUGA